AUCCAUUAGAGUCUUCGAUCGAGAACCAAAGAGGAGAGUCCUAGCCCUAAUUCUCCUUCCAUCGUCUCUUAAACCACUCAAUCAGAUUCAAAUAAUGGAUGAAGAAAACGAAACUUCAUCUCAAAUGAUAGAAGAGAUCUAUACAAAUGGGAUUGACGAGGUUCAUCAUCAUAAACCCAUCAUCAGUAGUAACCAGCUCGAUAUCGAGGCCUAUGCUUCUCUCUACAUCGGCCGAACAAAAAUAUCUCGCCUUCUCUUCAUCGCUAAUCGCUGUAACAACCCCUCAAUGCAACUCGAAGCUUUAAGGAUGGCCUACGACGAGAUCAAGAAGGGAGAGAAUACCCAACUCAUGCGAGAAGUUUCUCAGAAGAUUGAUGGAAGAUUAGGGCCAAGUUACAAACUUGACAUGGAUUGGAUUGAGGGUGUUGAACGCAGAGCUGAACAGAAGAAGGAUAAGCUCGAGAAUGAACUCAAUACUUAUAGGACGAAUAUGAUUAAAGAGAGCAUUAGAAUGGGAUACAAUGAUUUUGGAGAUUUUUUUUAUGUCCAUGGUGCGCUUGGAGAUGCAUUUAAGAACUAUGUUCGAACGCGGGAUUAUUGCACGACGGCAAAGCAUAUCAUUCAUAUGUGUUUGAAUGCAAUUUUGGUGAGUAUUGAGAUGGGUCAAUUCGCACAUGUUUCUAGUUAUGUUGGAAAAGCAGAACAAACUUCGGAGAAAUUGGAACCUAUUGUAUCUGCCAAAUUUUGUGCUGCUUCAGGGAUGGCUUUGUUAGAGAUUAAGAAAUACAAGCAUGCUGCUCGAAAGUUUCUUGAAGUUGGUUUUGAAUUAGGGAACAAUUAUGCCGAGGUCAUUGCACCUCAAGAUGUUGCAACUUAUGGUGGACUUUGUGCACUUGCAACUUUUGAUCGGAUGGAACUGAAGACAAAAGUGAUUGAUAAUUCCAAUUUCCGGAAUUUCUUAGAGUUAGUGCCUGAAGUAAGGGAGCUAAUCCAAGAUUUCUACUCCAGCCGAUAUGCUUCAUGUCUGGAUUAUCUUGGAAACCUCAAGGAAAACCUACUUCUCGACAUCCACUUAAAUAAACAUGUUGAGACAUUAUAUGAAGAAAUCCGACACAAAGCCAUUAUCCAAUAUACACAUCCAUUUAUAUCCGUCGAUCUUAAAAUGAUGGCUAGUGCUUUUAAAACAAGUGUAGCCGGGCUACAGAAAGAACUCGAGUCUCUAAUUACAGACAAUCAAAUCCAGGCUCGAAUCGAUUCACAUAACAAGAUCUUAUACGCUCAACAUGCUGAUCAGAGGAACGCCACUUUUCAUCGGGUUCUGCAGAAUGGAAUGGAAUUUGAUCGUGAUCUUAGGGCUAUGUUGAUUAGGUCGAACCUUAUGAAACACGAUUUUAACAUCAAGACUGCUAGGAAGAUGUGAACAUAAAAAAAAAUAAUGUGGUCGGGCUUCGAAGUAAUCAUUGCAAAUCUUAUUUGUAUAUUAUUGUGUAUUUUUAUUAUGACAAAUGUUGUUGUGUUUUAAGUAAAUUAAAGUUAAUGGGAUAGAUUAAUUGUAACCAUCUAAUGUAAAAGUUCUUUAUUUUUGUUUAAUAAGCUCACUUUGCUUUCUU